GACGAUGGCGUCCACCGACGAAAUGAUCCCGGAACCAGAUGUACAGACUGGAAUUGACUAUUGGGCGAGCCAACCGGCCAGCUAUGAUGGUGUCCUCGGUGGCUUUGGGGAGGGGUCUUUGCCCCGAGUUGAUGCUCUCGGAUCGCGCCAAUUUCUUCUCUACCUAAUGCCUGAGCUAUGCACCGUUCCUUCUGCGAUUCGCCCUCUGGACGCAACGGAAACCUUGCCGCGAAGAACACGUGUACUCGAAGUUGGCGCUGGCAUUGGACGAGUGACUGCAGAUGUGCUAUUACACCUCGCUUCGGACAUUGUGCUCGUGGAGCCUGUGGAGAGCCUUGUCCAAGAAGCCCUCAAGCGAGGACGGGCGAGCGAAAUGGCUGCGUCGAAGACAAAUGGCACUUCCAUCGAGUGGAAAGGGAUCGCUGGCAAAAGCAAAAGUGUUACUUUCAUCCAAGAUACCUUACAGGGUAUGGACCCUCUUCGACCCUCAAAAUCUGAUAAGGUGCUCGGUCGCGUCGGCUAUAUCCCGCAGGAGGACGACCUGGACGCUUCCUUUGAUGUCGUUUGGUGUCAGUGGUGCUUGGGAUCGCUGAGCGACGCAGAUCUCGUUUCCUUCCUAAAGCACAGUCAGGCUGCACUGCGAGAUCCGGCAAAGGGUCUCAUCAUCGUGAAAGAGAAUUGCUGCACAGAUGCGGAUGAUGGUGGUCCAAGCACCGUAUACGAUGAAACUGACUCCAGUCUGACGAGGUCGGACCUCGCGUGGAAAAAUGUAUUUAGUGAAGCAGGCCUACGGGUGGUACAUGAACAAGUCCAGCGUGGCUUUCCCUCGGGUCUGUACACUGUCAAAAUGUAUGCUCUAAGAUAAGGCUGGGAGAACAACUCGAAAAUGGAUAAUACCUUUGCGACGAAAUACCUAGAUGUACCGGGGUCGUAGCAACCACUAGCCCAAUUAACUUGGUGACACGGCGUG